CAAAGAAUUGAAAUACAUAAGCUGCGCCAAGGUGACAAUCUGAUUCUGGGAUUCAGCAUUGGAGGUGGCAUUGACCAGGAUCCCACUCAGAAUCCUUUCUCUGAAGACAAGACUGACAAGGGUAUUUAUGUAACAAGGGUGACAGAAGGAGGCCCAGCAGAAGUUGCAGGACUUCAAAUUGGAGAUAAGAUCAUGCAGGUGAAUGGCUGGGAUAUGACAAUGGUGACCCAUGACCAAGCAAGGAAGAGGCUGACAAAAAGGAAUGAAGAAGUGGUGCGGCUGCUGGUGACCAGGCAAUCUCUGCAGAAGGCUGUGCAACAAUCCAUGAUGUCCUAAUCAAUUGUCAAGUUGGGGAAGGGUUGGGGAGGGAGAUAUAUAGACUGGUAUGAAGCAAGGAAGCAAAUACUAGACCUGAACAGGUUGUCUGGAAGGAGUGCAUGUUCCUAACUGUGGUAAACACUUUUUUUUUUCUCCUUUCUCUGGUGUAACUGGCAGUAGUAAAACUCUAUUCCCCUC